AUGGCCACCUGUGAUAAUUAUGAGUCAGCUGGACGUCGAAUAAGAUACCUGGACAAGCUCUUUGCGGGCGGACAAGAAGAACAGGCUUUAAAAGAAUGGAGUGAAGACUACGAAGGUUCCAAUGGCCUCCCACGGCACGACCACAAACCUGAACACCUCGAGCUAGGUGCCAGAUUACAUGCGCUUUCCGGACACCCUGAUCGCGCGCGCGAGAUCAUGCAGGAGUUGUUUGAGCUGCAUCCGUCGUGGAGCCCCAGUAUCAUGAAGACUGUAUUCCGCGCCCACACUUCCUCCCCCUCAGUUCAGCAUCACGAUCUGGCCAACGGCAUAUACAAGAAGUUGAAGGAGAGCAUGGGCGACAAGUUGACGCUCGAAGAUUACGAUGCUUGUUUUGUAGGCUUCUUGGAAGCUCGCCACUUGUAUUAUGCUAAGCUUGUGUUUCGCGACAUGAUCAAGGAGGGGCAUCUCGCUGGAUCGGAUGAUCUUACGGACGUCAAGAGCGUUUUGUCGAGAUUGCACAUGCUCUACCGGUUAGCUACGGACAUUUCGAAAAUGACCACCAUCGGGUUGCAAGCGGUCAAGAGCUUGCCAUCAGCAUAUCACCCGCACGUUUUCGCUCAUUGGAUGAGAUCAGCUGUGGUCAGAAAUGCCCCGGAAGCUGCAGGUCAAAUUCUGGAAAUGAUGUUCCGCCGCAACUCUCAGCCCCAGACAAUCCACUUCAACCUCUUGCUGAAAGCCCUCAUGCGGACUAAAGUGGUGCAGCCCGAGCAAAAUCCGUACGCCUCGAAAGCAGAAAACAUCGGUUGGCGAAUGAUUGAAGAAGCUCGGAAAGUUUCCGUGGAGAAAUUGCCGGAUGUGUCGGCUGCCGAGAUGAUCUCACAGUGGGUCGACGAAAGGAAACAGCUUGUGCCAGACGACGAGGUCAUGAAUGACCAGCUGAGACAUGUUCCCAGAGCCAACGUGACCACUUUCGCGAUCAUGAUGAAGCAUCAUGGAGACAAAGAGCAGUGGGAGCACGUGGAUUAUCUUGCAAGGCAAUUGAAAGAGGGGGGUUUUCAACCAAACGCAGCGCUCAUGAAUAUCCUCAUGGACAACAAGUGCCGCCAAGGGAAGUACAGCGAGGCCUGGAAGAUCUACAAAACGUUCACAGAUGUACCAGCGGGUACACCCGGUGUCUUCCCCGAUGGAUCGAGCAUUAGAUGCCUCUGGAAGACGCUUCGACUGGCGCUUGGAGACCAGGCUGCUCGCGAUGAUCCGAACCUCCCGCGACCUCGUGAACUGUUGGCCGAGACUGUCCAGUGGUGGGAACGGUGUCGAGCUAGGCCUGACGCGGAGCGAUUUCUCAUUGGUUUAGCUGCAACGGAGCAUGGGGCGCUGACGAGCCUGAUGAUGCACUGCUUCAGCUACACGAACGAUAUCGUUGGUUCACUUGUCGGAUUGCAUAUCCUCCACCAGAAGUUCGACAUCCUCCCGUCCGACAAGUCCGCGGCGAUACUCCAGCGUCACGCCGCUUGGGUUGAUAUGCGCAAGAAGGGACCUGUUCAACGAUCGACCUUCCAACAUCAUGGCCAUCACAAGAACAAUUUAGAGAAAAUGGGGCGUGUAUACUACAUCCUUUUAGAGCGCCGAUUGGAGAAGAUGAACUCCGCGUCCGAUGACUACGCUCUGACCAAGAGUGGAAAAGACGGUCUACCCCUGAAUAUCCUCUCGGAAUUCAUUCGCGUUGUUUUGAAACGUACGCAUUCUCCAGAGACGAUAGAGGCUAUGAUAAGCCAGGCCAAGGAAGAGGUUGGGGUUCCAGAAAUGGCGACAGGUGACAUGGACGCCUUCCAGGUCGUCUAA